CGUGGCGACGGAUAGCUGGGGCAUCGGUAGCUGUAAAUGGAAAGCGGGGCUGGCUGCUUUCGUCAGACACUGCUGAUCUCAGCAAAAAGAAAAUGCUUUUUCCUUGCACUUAUAGAACACGAACAGGGAUGCAACCAAAAAUGGAAAAUCAAAAGGUGCAAAAAAUGCAAUGUGAUAUGAAAACAGAUUUGAACUUACUGCUUGAAUGCCUUAAAUACCGGAUGGACUGCCCUUCAUCCCAGAAAGAGACUUUGAUCACUAUUUAUUCAAUUUGUCAACAAAAUAGUGAAGCAUGUGAAUAUUUACGAGAAAUUGGUGGUUUGGAGUUUAUAAAUGAUCUUGCAAAGUCAAGUGUUCAUGGCAUAGUGAAGGAAGCGGCUUUAUUCACACUAGGAAUCGUAAUAGAGAGUAAUGUUUACUGCCAACAAACUUUGUGUUCUUCUGCAUUAUUUGAGGAACUCACUUUAUUUUUAACGAAUAAGGAUUCUGACGUGAACUUGAAAAGAAUGUCUGUUUAUGUCAUCUUAGCACUGGUUUCAAAUAAUAAACUUGGCCAAACCUAUGUCAGAGAAACAGGCUGCAUUGAUCUUCUGCUGCAGUUAUUCAGAACAACUCUUUGCACACCUGAGCUGAAUCUGUCAGAUGAAAAUACAAAUAGCUGCUACCAGCUGUGGUCUUCAGUCUGUAGUACUCUCUGUGCCUGUGUUAACAAUCCUCAGAAUGAAGCUAAUCAAAAGAUUUGCUGUUCGGUCUUUCCGUAUGCAAAAGAGUGGCUAGAAAGUUGCAUGGAGCCUGAGAUAGUUCGUCCUAUUUGUUCAUUUGUUGGCCUCACGGUUGCAAAUAACUCCCUUGUGCAGAAAUAUUUUGUUUCUGUUGGAGGAUUGGACACCUUAGCUCAAGUCCUCAUCAAGCUGAUGCAUGAUGAUUCCUGUCUGAGUCACUCUAGCACAAAACUUGCAAUAGUAGUAACAAAGACUCUGGAUGCCUGCAUUGCUAAUGACUCUGCCAUGACUGUUGUUUUGGCGAAGUAUCACACUGUGUCAGAACUGCUGAACCUGCUGUCUAAUGACACUCUGGAUACAGGAGAAAAAAUGAGUGUUAUUCUAACAAUUGGACACUGUACUGAAGUCUGCGAAGAAAACCAGUGUGAACUGCUCAAGAACCAUGGUCUUUCACUUAUGAUUCAGGUACUAACUGAGUCUCAAGAUGAGGAACUACACAAAGCUGCUACUUUUGUGCUGCAGAACUGCAAGCAAAUGACUGAACAAUUGUCCUUGAAAAUAAAUGAGAAGUCCACAAGUGUGAAGAAUGCAGAAGAGCUGGAGGUGGGCAUGCAAAUCAGAGAAAGAAGUCAACAGAACUACUGGAAGAAAGCAAAAGAUAUUCUGCACAGAAUAAACUUGAUUGAAAAAGAACAUGAUGAGAUUAGCAUGUUUAUGGAGGAAGGAGCGGAAGGAAGACUGUUUGACAGGAGUUCAGAAGACAGUAUUGAAGCAUCAAAAUCCCGUGAAGUGAAUCCCAGUGAUACAAAAGCAUGUAUAGAAAGAACAUGCAAAGAAUUAUGCGGUCCACAGUUAACCUCUAAGAUGGAUGAUCGAGUUCUUGCUCUAGCUAUAAAUUCUUCUGCACUGACUGUGAAUCCAGUAAAAGCUUCUGCUAGAAAAAGUAAACAGAAUUAUAUUCCACGUUCAGUUUAUGAGAUGCAGUCAGACACUGCAAUUCAAAGUCAUAGUGUAAAUGAAAAAACAGCUUGUGAAAAAAGUCAGUCUUUUCUUCAGGAAAGGAAAGGCUUGCUUCAACAGCCAGUGAAGACUAUUAAGCAUAUGAAAUGGGCAAGCACGUCAGGUACAGAUCAACAUUCAUUCUACUCAGAGAUAGCCAAGGAAGCAAAAAGUAAUUUGAUUACAACUGCAUCCCUUAAAAUGUCAGACUUCAUGUGUUUAGGUUGUACAACAACAGGACUGUCUUUGAAUAGCAGAACUUUUAGUAAGAUGUUGCAAACUUGUCCAUACCUGUGUGGCCGUCACAGAGUCAUUCUGGAAGCUGAAGAAAGAUAUAAAAAGAAACUUCAGAAAUCAUCUGACUCUAACAAACGACAUGCAGCUUAUGAGAAAAUAGUGCUGACUCCAGUGAAGAAAGGAAAACUGCUAGUAGAGACAUCUUUAAAGAGCAAACAGGAUAAUUUCCAAAGUAUUCUUUUGACUCCAAUUAGAAAAAGCAAACCCAAUACUUUGAAUAGAUAUGAGCAUAAUAAAAAUACUCAAUUAAUUGAAGAAUAUAACUUGCAACCAACAUAUGAAAAAUGUGAGUAUCACCAGAAAAUUAGUUCUGUAACAAGCAUAACUGAAAGAUGAGGUUUUACCUUCAGGGCAUUGAAUAAAGUGUCCGUGCUUGCUGCUAGAGACAAAUGGCUGAGGAUUUUAAUAGACAUUCUUGUAGCUUCAAUCAUAAGAUUACCUAAGUUUAUUUUCAGUUAAAUCCUAUUGUUUGCUAGUUGCUUCCAGCACCUAAUUCAGACAUGAUAAUGCCAGUAAUGAGAAAAAGAUCUAAUGAGAAAUAGAUGUUAGUAAUAAGGCAACAUGUGCAUAUUCAUGUUCAUUAGAAGAAAUGUUCCUUCCCAGCACUAGAGUCAGUCUUACAGUCAAGUUCAGUUAGUUCAAAGUAAUGAGGGUUGGCCUUCUUCAUAGUUUCAUAGCCUUCCAAAAAAGACAAGAUGCAAACUUGGAGAGAGUGUGUGAAAGAAAUGUGCAGCUGGGAAUGCCAGUGGUUAAAAGAAAAUUGUUUACAUUCACGUGAUGAAGAUGAGGUUACCUGUGUGCAGCCUUAUGCACUUGUGUCUUUAUAUUUGUAAAACUGCUGAAAGCUGUAAUUCCAUUUGAAGUCACCUUAGUUAACAGAAGCCCAGUACCUAAGUGAACCAUUUUAAAUACAAAUCUUUCCCUGCUGAUUCUACUGCAGUCAUAGUGGCAUAUCCCUGAAACAAGUUAACUGUUUUUCUAAUGUUAGUUAUUUUCAAACAAUGGAACUUUCACAAAUGAUGGAAAUGGAAGUAUGCUUAUAUCCUGAGCUUGUGAAAGUUAGCACAGUAUAGAAAUGGUACAUACCUAAAAGAAAUAGCUAUCCUGACUGGAAAACAAAUACUGAAACUACUUAUGUACAUAACUAAAACUAGUUAUGUAAGCACAACAAAAACAGUAUUUUUCUGUUGACAUUUGCCUUUAUUUCAGUAAAUGGGUGACAGUGAAGAAAAGGCUGAACGUAACAUGUUUGAAAAAUGUCAUUGUACUGACUGUUUGCUGUUUGUUCUGAACAAUAAUGCGUUACUUCUGUAUGUGAAAUACUAUGUAAGUUGACAUAAUUUUUAAUUACACCAAAAUCAAUACAGAACAGUGAGAAAUGUUACCUGGGUAUAAACACGAGCUUUAAACAAGAGAAGAACCUGAAAAAAAUUCACAGGUGAGGGAAUUAAUGAUCUUUUAAAGAGAACAAAAUAAAUGGGUAAUCACUGGAAUUUCAUUUUAUGGUGCUAUCCAUUUCACAAAGGAUGGACAGAUGUUUAUCCUUCUGAAAAAUACAACAGGUUACAGGUAAAUGUCAAACUUUCUCAUAUCAUAUACAAAUCAUAUGCACUAGCAGGUCAUUUUUUGAGCUUUUGUCCCUGAUCUGGCUUGCAAAGAAACACGGGAUGAAGAAUUGGCAACCUUUGGGCUGAUCUUUGUGUCAUUUCAAUGCUGUGCAUGCUGUUUUGAAUGGUCUCUCAUGUAAGCUAAUCAGUUUUUAUGUUAAUAGAGAACUGAACUGGGAAGCACUAGAGUGGCACCUGAUAGGGUACAAAGAGUUUCAGCUGAGGGCUGAAUUAAUACCUGUGUUUGCUAGGAAGUGGGUAUGUUCUUGGCUCAGUCAAUUGGUGAGGACCUGUGAGAUUUUUCUGUUGCAGUUUUUGCUUUGUUUCAUGUGCUCCUUACACAGAGAUGUGGUCUAUGGAUGGAGUAGGUAACGUUUCUGCUGUACUCUCAGUAAAUGUGAGGGGGUUAGUGGCAACCACUUAUACUCUGAAAUCUUUUCUAAAAUUGUACUGUGUUUUGUGACAAGGUUGUCUUAAUAUUAUCUCCCAUCUUACAGAAACAAGAAAAACAAGGAUCAUCAUCAAAGUCUUUCAAGAGAAUUUUGGAUUUGAUGCAUUAAGUUGAAGGACACCAUUGUUAACAGUAAUUAACAG